AUGGUGGAAACCAUUCAAAAGGUGGCAAAGGAGACAUUAGGGGUGUUGACGAGGAAACCAAAGGUGUAUAAAGAGUCGCGGUGGUGGAACGUAGAAGUGCAAAAGAAGAUAAAGAACAAAAACAGGAGAUUCAAGGAGCUCAUGGCUUGCACGGAGGAGGAGGAUAGAACACAUAAGAAGGAGAGGUAUAAAGAAGCAAAACAAGUGGCAAAGAAAGCAGUAGCAGAGGCAAAAGAUCGCGCGUUUGAAGCAUUUUAUCAAAAGUUUGAUACCAAAGAAGGGGAGAAGUAUAUUUUUAAGUUGGAAAAAGUAAGAUCUAGGCAGAAGAAAGACUUAGGGACAAUGAAGUUCAUUAAGGAUGAAGGUGGACGAUGCAUGCUUUUCGCCGACGAUAUAGUUUUGGUUGCAGAAACUAAGGAGGAGGCUAAUAGUAAAUUGGAAGAGUGGAGGGAAGCCUUGGAGGUUGCAGGUAACUCUCUCUUUGAAUACCUUUCUCGAGCCGAGGGACUCUUUGACCGAAGUCUCCUUUAUGGGAAUGAGUUGUCGUCGUUUUUCCUUCCCCAGACCCUGACCAUAGUUUUCUAUGAGUGGAAUACACUAGUAUGA